AGCUUCUCUCUGUCUCCUAAUGGCUAAUGCACCAAACCAACUUUUAACUUCGCCACCAACCCAAGACACUCAACAGAAACCCCGCCAUUCCCACCAAAAAUGGCUGCCACCGCCGCAGCAGCCGUAGGAUCAUCUUUCUCACCUUCCAUUAACACCCUCAAAUGCAUUCACUCUAACCACUCGUCCUCCUGGCCAUCAGACUAUGCCCUCAAAAUGUUCAUGUCACCCACCCGGAUAGUUGGCUCUGUAUCUCAGUCUUAUUGCUUGGAGCCUGUAGUGGUAAGUGGCGUAGCGCGAAAGUGGCGUUUGCUGAAGAUAUCGGCUGCUGUUACGCAGGAAGAGGCGGCAGUGGAAGAGGAGGAAAAGGGAGUGGAGGUGGAGGUGGAUGCUGUGGAGGGAGGGGGUGAUGAUCAGGUGAUUGGAGAGGCUGAUGGUGCUUUGAACACAAAGCUUUACUUUGGGAACUUGCCUUACAAUGUUGACAGUGCACAGCUUGCAGGGAUUAUUCAGGAUUAUGCUAGCCCAGAGCUGGUUGAGGUCCUCUAUGACAGAGAUACCGGAAGAAGUAGAGGUUUUGCAUUUGUGACAAUGAGCAGUGUCGAAGAUUGCAAUGCAGUUAUUGAAAAUCUUGAUGGAAGUGAAUAUUUGGGUCGAACAUUGAGGGUGAACUUGUCCAACAAACCAAGGCCUAAAGAACCUCUAUAUCCAGAAACCGAGUACAAGCUUUUUGUCGGAAAUUUAGCCUGGACAGUAACAACUGAAAGCUUAAUGCAAGCUUUUCAAGAAUACGGAAAUGUAGUUGGAGCAAGGGUUUUAUACGAUGGUGAUACAGGAAGGUCGCGUGGUUAUGGUUUUGUAUGCUAUUCAACAAAAGCAGAGAUGGAAGCUGCCCUUACAUCUCUUGAUGGAGUGGAACUAGAAGGACGGGGAAUGCGUGUAAGCUUAGCCGAAGGACGAAAGUCAUGACAACAUAGAGCAAAACUGCAGAUUUUAUGGUGACUUAAGCCUGGUGAUCAGCUGCAAUGACACUUGACAAAAUGGAAAUAUAAUUACUUGAGCAACUGGAGGAUUUCUUUCAUUCUUUCUUGUUUAUAACUCUCACCUUCCAUAUUGUACCUUAUGAGCAGAGUCCCAUGAUGCAUUUGGUGAUGAUUGUACGAGAUAUCAGUCUCUUUAGACCAGCAUUUUGAAUGAACUCUCGUUUGGAA